AUGUCAACCUUGGCAGAACGCUUGGGUUCGGGCUCAACCUCGGCCUCAGGCUCCGGCUCCGGCUCAGGUCCGUCGACUAACGAACACCUUGACCGCGAACAAGAACUGCGCUCACGUCUUCUGGCUUCCAAGCAAAGGCAACGACGCACCGAUGACGAUGAGGACGACGGCAGCAAGCAAUCAAAUUCCAACGACGACACUCUCGCACACAGGCUAGGCCAGCGUCGCUCUCGUUCUAGAUCACCGCAGCAUCGAGCACAACGCAGCUCGAGCCCCAGGCAGCGACGCGGAUCGCCAUCCUACGACAACAACGAGCCAUCCACAUCGUCAUCCGACAUGCCGCCCCCACCACGACCGUUCACUCAUCCAGAUCGACGUCCACCUAGACCGCAGGCUGAUCGAUGGGUACCGCCGCCCCGUGAUGAUUCGCGCGAAGACCGACCAGCUCGCUCCUACGACCACCGUGAUGGCAGCGAUAGAAGAGACAGGAGAGACGACGACUCGCGUGCAGGUUGGGGCCCCUCACGUUCCGGAAGCGGAGGUCCAAAUCGUGGCCGCUAUUUUGACCCUGCGGAAGAUCGAAAUGGAGGAAGCAACGGGAGCAAUGGCUCGUCCGAAUACGGCGCUGCCCAGUGGAAGAGGCUUCCUCGUGAUCCUUACACAUCGUCCAUGUCAACAGGCGCCAGCAAUGGAGGUGGAGGGGACAGCGGUUUCUUCAGCUCUCGCAACGAACAGCGCAAAAACUCUUCGAUUUCCAUCUGGCCUCCGAGUCCACCGCAUCCAACACUCGACAGCGACGAGGAACGCGAAAAGCGAAAGAAGCGUCAUCGCGACAGCAGCAGCAGGCACAAGGAUAGAGACGGGCACGACAGGAAGCGCAGCAGCAGCGACAAGCAUCACUCAUCCUCCUCUCGAAGUCAUCGCCACCAUUCUAGCUCCAGCAGACAUCAUCGCUCCAGCAGGACCAAGGAUGAUUAUGAUGACGAAGACGACAACGACAAGAAGCGUCGCUCGCGAUCGUCGAGGUCAUCUCGUCAUGAUGCGGAGCAGGACAGGAGCAAGCGCUCGAAACGGUCGCGGUCUGCGGUCUCGGGUGGGGAUGGCUCGGAUGGGUCUGACUCCGAGACGGACUCUGAACCCGAUGUAGACACGUCUCGACGCCAUAGGAGUCAUCACAGAUCCAGCCGGUCGAGCGGUCACCGUCAACGAGAUUCAGAAAAGCGACACAGGAGCAGCCGUCAUCGCUCUGAAUCACAACCUCACACUGAUUCCGAAGCAGAACCAAAAAACUCUGCCGCGACUCGCCGCGACUCGACUCCAUCCGAUGCGGACUCCGACGUCGAGGUUGGCCCUUCGCUGCCAGCCGUCACCGCCGAUGGCAAGCCGAUCGACCCUCGUGCUUACGGUGGCGCGCUGCUGCCGGGAGAAGGUUCGGCCAUGGCAUCGUACGUCCAGGACGGCAAACGCAUCCCUCGCCGAGGAGAAAUCGGCCUAACAUCCGACCAGAUCGAAGCGUACGAAAAGGCAGGCUACGUCAUGAGCGGCAGUCGACACCACCGCAUGAACGCAGUCAGAAUGCGCAAGGAAAACCAGGUCAUCUCGGCGGAAGAGAAGCGGACCAUGUUACGGUUGCAGGCCGAGGAGAAGGCGAAAAAGGAAAGAGAGAUUGUUUCGCAGUUCAAAGAGUUGGUCGAUACCUUGCAGCCUGGCGACGCGAGGUGA